AUUGCGCCCACAGGGCUGGUGAAGAUCGCCGAGUCGCUGGGCCAGACGCUGCUUCCGCCGCGCAAGAAGAUAGUCGUCCUGCUCAUCGGGAACCAUUCGGCCGGCAAGAGCACCUUCAUCAACUGGUACAUCGAGGAACAUGUCCAGAAGACCGGGGUCGCCAUCGAAACGCAGGGCUUCGCGCUCGUCACCAGCGGAAAGAAGCGAGAGUCGCUCACGGGAAAUGCUACCCUACAUCUCUACCCACACUUCAAGCCACUGCAGAAGAUUAAAGGUGUCGUGGAUUACCUGACCACUGAGAUCUCCACCUCGAGGCAGAAGAGGUUCAGUUUGGUGACGUUCAUUGACACGCCAGGAUUGGUUGACGGUGACAUGAAGUAUCCGUACGAUGUCAACAAGACGAUCCUCUGGCUUGGCCAGAUGGCCGAUCUCAUUUUGUGUUCUUCGACCCCUAUUGGUCAAGCCCUGUGUAAGCGCACACUCAACAUCGUCGAAGAGCUUAACGACAAAUUCGUUGACAAGAUGCGCUUCUACUUGAGCAAAGCCGACGAAGCGGGCCAUGAAGCAGACAGGCAGAAAGUCAUGAUGCAGAUUGUCCAGGAGCUUUGCAAGCGGCCAGGCCUGAACCGCUGCGGCUUCGACAUGCCGGCCAUCUACAUUCCAGAUGCAAGCAAGCAAGCGGUGCGCUGUGUCAACCAGAUCGAAGAGGUGUGCAAGGACAUUGAGAAAACUAUCAACCAGACCGUACAGAAUGCACUAAACUCUCUCGAGCACGACUGCGAGCAACUCAGCAGUGAAGUGUCGCUCAGAAUUAGCCGGGACAACAAUGCAAGAUCGGAGAACCUCAGCACGGGUGGCAGGGGACUGUGUCUAGGACUGUUUGGACUUGCACUGCCAUCGCUGCUUUUGCUCAACCUUGCCCUCCGCAACGCCCCAGAGGAGGUCCUCUUCUCAUACCUUGGGCCAAGAGUCGUUGAGUUCCUCUACCUCUUUACGCUACCCCUACAGGUAUUGUCGGGCAUGCUUCCGGAUUCCAUUCGGCUGGGCGUGAUGCUGGCGCUCUUUGCCAUCUCCAUUUUCAUCCUACUUAUCGCCAAGUGGCAGUCAAGGCUCAAGCCCAUACUGACGAGGCAAGAGAAACGUACGCUUUUGGAAGCUCAAAGUUACCUCAGGGAUUACGUGAAACCUAAGAAGCAACGACUGUACGAAGAGUAUCUCAGGCAGAGUGUGGCAGAUUACGACUUGUGAUGCGGCUGCUCUGUGGCUGUUGUCCCAAUGCCAUCACCAUCAUAGAAGACUGUCAUUUCUUUCACGAAAAAAAAAAAAUCAUGAGACAAGUUUGUCGGAACAUAUAGGCUUCAUUAUAAUAAAUUAACAGGAAUGUUACCGGUGCAA